CUUGCAGGUUUAGUCUCCAUUGCCAGCUGCCAUGGGCAAGCAGAACAGUAAGCUGCGUCCUGAAGUGCUGCAGGACCUGCGGGAACACACGGAGUUCACCGACCAUGAGCUGCAGGAGUGGUACAAGGGCUUCCUCAAGGACUGUCCCACCGGCCACCUGACCGUGGACGAGUUCAAGAAGAUCUACGCCAACUUCUUCCCUUAUGGUGACGCCUCCAAGUUCGCUGAACAUGUCUUCCGCACCUUCGACACCAACAGUGAUGGCACCAUCGACUUCCGGGAGUUCAUCAUUGCUCUGAGUGUGACCUCUCGGGGCAAACUGGAACAGAAGCUCAAGUGGGCCUUCAGCAUGUACGACCUGGAUGGCAAUGGCUACAUCAGCCGCAGUGAAAUGCUGGAAAUAGUCCAGGCCAUCUACAAGAUGGUGUCCUCCGUGAUGAAGAUGCCCGAGGACGAGUCCACGCCUGAGAAGCGAACAGACAAGAUCUUCAGGCAGAUGGAUACAAACAAUGAUGGCAAACUGUCCCUGGAAGAAUUCAUCAAAGGUGCCAGGAGCGACCCAUCCAUUGUCCGGUUGCUGCAGUGUGACCCCAGCAGUGCUAGUCAGUUCUGAGGGGAACGGGCUUUUGGACAGUUGUGAGAAACACAGGCUUGCCCUGCCAUCUUCAGCUUUGCUUGCAAAAGUGGAUUCCUCCAUGACCUCUCCUGCUCUCCAGGACCUGGGUCCAGGCAGCACAUCGCACCCUCCUGGCCUGGCUGACUGUGACUCCCUCCUCUAUCUGAUCCAUUCGAUGUCCCUCCUCCUCCAGUCCAGGCUGGUUCCUUCCAAGGGUUCAAGUGUUCUUGGCUGUAGGGCUCCUCCAUGCCCACAGAGGUAAAGGAGGCCCUUAAGGACACCAGACAGGGCUUUUCAGUAUCUUAUCAAGAUGAGCCGAUUUAUUCUAUGAUCCCAGGUGACUUUGUGAGGAUGAAGAAGAUGGAGAGUAGACAGGCAAGCCCUUCCUGUGCAUGGCUCCACCUCCCUUGUUCAUUUUCUCUGACCAAAGCUGCUUGCAUGUAUAUACUGUGGUUUCCUUACUUUUAAUAUAUGAGUUACAUGUAUACAGUGAGAUGGACUAUAAUGUUCAGCCCCUGUAUUUAAUGCCUCUGACGGCCUUUGAAGCAUGGUAUCCUGUGGCCUGUGAUUCCCCCACCCACCCCCAAGUCUGGCUGUGCUGUGGUAUUUAUGCAUUCAUGAUUUGCCUGAUUCCACAGGAGAUACAUGCAUGCUCAGGGCUGUGAACAUCUGCCCUCCAUCCUGCAAAUACAGGUGUUUCUGUGUGCUCCGUCCUUCCUGUUGACUGGUCUGGCAUAUUAAAAUGAUCAAAUAAACCAAGGUCUGUGAGUUUCCUGUGUUGCUGCAAGCACCCUGUUCAUGGUCUACCCCUCUCUGAUCCUGAGCAGAAGUGGGUCCCUGUCAUACAGCUGUUGUUGGUAACCACAGCCCCUGUGGUCCCCUUCUAACUGCCACUGUGUCUACACACAUUUUAU